UUGUGUGUGUUAUUUAACUUGUAAGAUACAAAUUUUGUAGGGAAACAAAAAUAACAUUCAAACCAGUUUUAAACUAACACAAAGUUUAAACUAUUUAAUUUUUGAAACAUAAAUUGAGAUCGCGAACGCUUAUGUUCUAGUAGUAGGAACGAGGUGUACCGAACAUUGGAUGGUGUGUAAUACUAAUAGUAUUAAGAGUAACACUAAUAAUACUUUUAUUUGUAAAUUGUACUAUAUUAAUAUUACUAUUAGUAUUACUGAUAGUAAUACUAGUAGGCCUACGCCCAUGUAUGUAUGCGCUGACUCUUCAACCACAAAAUAAAUGCGGAAAGUUUGAGAAGGAGAAAGUUCAGUAAGUUGGCUCAGCAAACCACAAAGUUUUAUAGUCAAUCGAAGAAGGAAGAAUAUCCCCACUUUUCACAAGUCUGUCUUGGUAGUCCAGAAAUGCAGGAACCAAUAAAGGAACAGAAAGUCAAGCAUCAGCAGAAUCAGACUGUAAAUCAGUAUCCUUAUAACUUUACAUUGGCUGAAACCCAUAGUCACAGUAGUGAAGAUCACGAGGAGGAUAGUUCUGGUGAAGAUACAAGUGAGGAAAACUCUCUUGAACUACCUCCAAUAGCUGCAGCGUCUUUGUGGACUCAGAGAGACAUUAAAGCCUUUAAAGAUUCUGUGCGUAAAGAAGGUGGAGAGGGUAUUAUUAGAGUAGGUCAUGGAGAAAGUGUGACGGUGAAAGUCCCAACACAUGAAGACAGUACUUGCCUUUUUUGGGAGUUUGCUACAGAUGGAUAUGAUAUUGGAUUUGGUUUAUAUUUUGAAUGGACAAAUACACCAGGAACACAAGUGUCUGUACAUAUUAGUGAUAGCGAUGAAGAAGACGAUGAAGAUGAAGAGAUGGAUGAUCUCACUGGCAGAGGAGACAUUGAGAAGGGACCUUCUAAUCAAGGACACUCGCCCAUCAGUGUAGUAAUCCCAGUGUACAGACGGGACUGCCAUGAAGAAGUUUUUAUGGGUAGCCAUGUGUAUCCAGGAUUGGGUAUUUACCAGUUAAAAUUUGAUAACUCAUAUUCACUGUGGAGAUCAAAGACCUUAUAUUAUAGGGUUUACUACACUCGAUAGCUUAAUAUGGUAUUUUGUUUUUUCUGUGGUAGCAAGGAUUAUGUGUAUUAUAAGCACAUUGGGAAGAAUGUUGGUAAAAACAGCUAUUUAUAUGAAUGUUAAUGAAAAUUAAGUUUUGUUUGAAUGACUAAAUUAUAUGCAGUUAAUUUCUUAACAGCAUCUGCAUAGAAUUUCUAAAUGUAGUGCCAUCAUCAUUCUAACAACUCUGUCAAACAGAUAACCAAAUUAAAACAUUUAAAUAUAGCUUACAACAGUAUAUUGAGAGAUAGUUUAAAAAUGCAAGUUUCAAAAAAGUCAACUGUUGAUUUCAUAGACCUUUAUUGUCUGGUGUUUAAUUUUAAAAACAGUACAGAGUACUACAUUUCAAAAUCAGUAUAGUAUCUAUACCAAUAAUAACAGAUAUGUACACACACACACAAUGUAUUCAACUUGCAUAACAAAAUGUUUCAACUUAAUGUCCCAAAUAGUUAAAAUUCUAGUCCUAAGUACCAUCCAAGCUGAUUUAUACUUUAUAGAAUUCUUACAUACUUAACCUAAAAUUAUUUUAAAUUCCAAAAGCUAAAGAAAAUGUCCCAUACUUUUAAAUAAAUUGAUAUCAUCCACACUUUACAAAUUAUGUUACAUAGAAAUGGUUAAACUACUUUUAAUUAUAUUUACCUUUGUUACUCUGUAUUAACUUCUUAACAUCUGUGGUGGUCACUUUUCAUUAGCAUACUCAUUUUUGUUCCACUGACAUAUAUUGUACUGUAGAGUAGUCAGCAAUAUAGAAUUUUUUUAACAUUAUUAAAAAUAUUUGGAUCUUUUUUUCCAGAUACAGUGCAGGAUCUUUUUCAUGUCCAUGGCAAGAGCCAUUAUUGAAAAAAAAAAAAAAAGGUUU